AUGAAGCUCAUGUCUAGAAGUUACAUAUGGUGGCCUAACUACACAAAAGAUAUAGAACAAUUAGCGAAAAAUUGUUUUGAAUGUAAUAAAAUUAGGAACGACCCUAGUAAAGUCACGUUGCAUCCAUGGGAAAAAACUACGGAACCGUUUCAAAGGGUUCAUGUAGACUAUGCGGGUCCGUUCUAUAAUACAUACUUAUUGAUAUUAAUCGAUGCUUACUCGCGUUGGCCAGAGAUUUACAUAACAAAAGAUAUGACAACUGCGACUACUAUACAAAUUUGUCGUAGAAUCUUCUCUCAAUUCGGGUUACCUAAAGUUCUAGUUAGCGACAGUGGAAGACAGUUCACGGCUCAUGAAUUUAGGAAUUUUAUGAAGGAAAAUGGUAUUUUUCACAAAUUUAGUCCAUCAUACCAUCCGGCUACAAAUGGUAUGGCAGAGCGAUACGUACGGACAGUAAAACAAAGUUUAAGAGCAUUGCACUGGCAAGGAACUAAUGAAGAGAAAGAUAUAAUGUUGUGUAAAUUCCUCCUACAAUACAGAAUUACACCACACAGCGUAACCAACAAACCCCCAGCAACACUUUUUCUCAAUCGGAAUAACUUACGUACACGUUUAGAUCUUUUGAAACCAGCCAUCGAGCAUGUAAAGCAAGAAGCGAUGAGCGAACAAGGGAUUAGAAACUUCGCGGAGGGGGAAAGAGUGGCGGUUAGAGACUAUAUUCACGAGGAUAAGUGGAAAUUUGGUAGAGUUGUACAAAAGUUAGGAAAACUUAUAUAUACGAUACGGUUGGAUGACGGUAAAAUCAGGAGAAAACAUAUUGAUCAGAUACGAAAGAUAGGAGAGAACAUAGCAAGCGAUCAGUUACUACAGCCAGAGCCUCUCACCCAACGGAGUCAGAAAUGCGAAUGCGAUAUACCAAGGUUGCUAGAUCGAGAUCAGGUUUCGGAAAGCGGAACAGAAAGCGUAGCCGACGAGCGUCCGACCGAACGGAAUACGGAGGAUAGGCCUAAGAAUAGGGAGUUGGAAACUGUACCCCCUAAUGUAAUAACCGCACCCGAGAUAGCUCUCGAUAAAGACUUAGAAGCCAAAGCAGAAAUACCUAAGACUGUAGAAUUACGUAGGUCUAAGCGAACAAGGAAGGCUCCUGAGAAGCUUGACCUGUAA